CUGGUGAGGGACGGUUCGACCGACGGGUAUCCACCCGUUUAUUGAUCUGUUUAUUUUGUUUUGAAUCCAGUCCUCCUGGUGAUGCAUCAACAAUGGGAUGGAUAGAAUUGUUGUCAGCAUGAUGAUCAUGGAUACUGGAACAAUCGAAUAUCGAUCCUCACAAUGACAAUGACAUCCUCCUCUCAUGAACAUCAGCCCAAAACAGAGGAGGGAUCAGGUUUGUGUAUUGAUCGAACCACCAGACUAUUAUUUUCAACUGUACCGUACUCCUGUACUGGAGUACAGACAGAUCUCCAGUGGAUACACGGUACAGUGGAUACCGUACUGUACGGUCAUUCCCCAGAGCAAUUCAUGAUCGACCUUCUUAUCGCUGUCCCGCUUGCUUUUCUUGCUUUUCUUCUCUUCUCUUCUCUCUUCUCGGUCUUUGUUUGCCUUUUGACUUGCCUUUCUUUCUUUCGUCUUCUCGUUCCUCUUUCGUUGAUCUGGUCUGGUUUUAUUUUUAUUUGGUUUUUCUGUUCUUUGUCCUCACUCUCGUUUCAUCUCUUGAGUUUAGCUUCACUUGCCGGACAGAGUGCAGAUACCAUCCUCUGUCGGAGCUUAAUUAAUUCUACACCACUAUCGCUCUGCGCUUCUCCGACCUGCUCGCCCUCACCCUUACCGAUUCCUACAUUACAUCUCCCCCUCAAACCGCCACAGAUACUGUUCCCAAAAUAGACCACGGCCAUUCGCAUCUCUCAUUCUUCGAGAAUUAUCGGAAGACUUAGAAUUAUACAACGGGCUUUUCCUUCUUGUCUUCAGUUAACACCAA